AUGAUUAAGCCUAGGCAGACAUCUUCAACGACAAAGUCAUCAUCAAAGACUAGGUCUAAAUCAAAAAGUGAGAAGUCUAAGUCAAAGAAAAGUGAAAAAUCGACUGUCAAUUCUGAACCCUCACCCGCUAUUUCUCCACCUAUGCCCUCUGAUGUCCCUGCACCACUACCCACUGUCAUUGUUCCACCUAGAGCUUCUACCCUAGUUGUAUCUCCAUAUCCAAUACCAACAACCCAUGCACCUGGGGAACCGGAGCUAAAAAGGGCUACUUCUCAAAAGAAACCUGCAAUCACCAAGGAUAUUCAGGUAAAACUUCCUUCAUCAAAACUUGAUGUUCUAGCAUCUACAAUUGAGGUGUUUCCAUUAGAAGUUGUUGAACCCCUAAGUGACACACCACAUGUAGAAAGUACUGUUGUAGAAAAGGAACUAGAUGGAGAAGGAGUGCAGCAGAAAGAUCAACGUUCUGAAGAAAAGAAAAGUGAGAAGGAGGGUGAACUGGGUGAAGGAAAGAAAGGUGAGAUAGAAGAACAACAAGGUGAACAAGUGGGAGAUUCAGAAGAAGAAAAAGGAAGUGAGGGAGAAGAUGACUCUGAAAGUGUGGGUAAUGAAGAGGAAAAAAAAGUGAAGGUGGGGGUCCUGAAUUUGAGAGUGAGGUAG